CCAUCAUAUUACUCCAACACUCUUCCUGACCAUUUAUGGUCAAACAAAAAGUCUAUUUCGCCCUAAAACAAAAUGCCAACAGUUUGACAACGGCGCUGUAUAAGUAGCUCCCCCAAAGUCUCUCAGAACUGUUUAGCAACUCGACCAUGAAGUUCAGCUUUCGAGCUCAGAAGUUCCCAUCCUAGACUUCUCUGCAAACUUUGGGUGCUUCUGCUUCUGCUCCUGCUCCAGCUUCAGAUCGAAGAACCCAAAUCCCAUUUAAGAAUUGGUGCAUAAAGUUUUGGUCUUUGUUGGGGUUUUGGGAGUUUGAUAACUCAAUAAUUGGAUUAGGCUGACUGGGCAUUUCAGAUUUCAUGUGGACUGGCUAUGAAUAAUGGAAGUAGUUGUUUGUGUUUUCAAACAGAUGAUGGAAGAUGCUAGGUCAAGAACUGGGUUAUAUCCUCACUAGCUGUCUAGCGUUUAAUAGCUUAUAGAAAAGGGUUAACAGGAGUAAUGUCGUUUUACUGUAAGCUUCAGUUUCGACAUUUACCGAAAAUGAGGAAGUGGUCUGGAGGGCUGUUGAUCACUUCUCUUGCUAUGGUAUUAGUUUUUCGUUACGGAAGCAUUGCCAAAAUUGAACCCCUAAAGCUACCACGAACGCAGUCACUGAAGCAAUCUGCUGCUGAAUUCUUUGGAAAUAAUCCUGACAAUGAAUCUCUUGAGACAUUUCCUGAGGUUAAAGUGAUAGUACAGCCAAAACCAUUUGAGAAACCGCAUUUCAUAGAGGUUGAUGGGCUUGAUGAUAUGUUUGCUUCACAUGAUAUCUUCAAAGAAGAGUCAAGAGCCUUGCUUGUAUGGCGUCACAUGCGUCCCCUACUAUGCAGGUCUGAUGCUUUGCCUGAAACAGCUCAAGGGGUAAAAGAGGCUUCUAUCGCAUGGAAAGACUUGCUGUCUAUAAUUAACAAGGACAACGCUUCAAAACUGAACAAAAGUGAAGAUCAAGAAGACAAACUGUGUCCUUUUUCUGUAAAUGCACUCGACAAUAUAGCAUCAGGAGAUGGGAAUAUUCUUGAAAUUCCUUGUGGCCUCAUUGAUGAUUCUUCCAUUUCUUUGGUUGGCAUUCCUGAUGGGCGAAGCUUUCAGAUUCAACUUCUAGGCUCACAACUUUCCGGAGAGGCUCAGCCUCCUGUUAUCUUGCAUUACAAUGUCAGCCUUCCAGGUGACAACAUGACAGAGGAGCCAUUUGUAAUCCAAAACAUAUGGAAUAAUGAAUUUGGUUGGGGCAAAGAGGAAAGGUGUCCUCACAAAUCUUCUAGCAGUUUAGAAGUUGAUGGACUUGUUCUUUGCAAUGAACAAGUUGUCAGAAGCUCUCUGGAUGAAUCUCUAAAUGUGAGUCAACCUAGUAGUAAUAUGUUCACCAAUGUUUCUAGGGUAAGUGCUCAUGGAGAUAAUAAUUUCCCUUUCAUUGAAGGGAAUGGUGUAGAGGGAUUCCACAUGACUGUGAGCGGAAGGCAUGAAACAUCUUUUUCUUAUAGGGAGAAACUCGAGCCAUGAUUAGUUUCGAAAGUGAAAGUGGCCGGUGGUUUGAAUGUCUUAUCAGCCCUAGCUAAAGUCUUGCCUGUUUCUGAGGAUCAUGAUUUAGUUAUUGAUGUUGAGCACCUGAAAGCUCCACCUCUUUUGAAGAAAAGGCUGUUGAUGUUGAUUGGAGUUUUCUCAACUGGAAAUAAUUUCAAGCGUAGAAUGGCAUUGAGGAGGACUUGGAUGCAGUACGAGGCUGUACGUUCUGGAGAUGUGGCUGUCCGAUUUUUCAUUGGCCUGCACAAGAACAGUCCAGUUAUUUUUGAACUGUGGCGAGAAGCUCAAGCUUAUGGAGAUAUCCAACUAAUGCCGUUUGUUGAUUACUACAGCUUGAUAAGCCUGAAGACAAUUGCAAUAUGCAUUUUUGAUGAUGCUUUUGUUAGAAUAGACGAGGUUGUCUCCAGCCUCAAGGGAAAGGCAGCUAAAGGGCUCUUGUAUGGUCUUAUAUCAUUUGAAUCAUCACCUGAUAGAGACAAAGACAGCAAAUGGUACAUUGGUGAUGAGGAAUGGCCCUAUGCUGGCUACCCACCAUGGGCACAUGAUCCAGGUUACAUCAUCUCUAGGGACAUUGCUAAAUUCAUUGUUCGUAGCCACCACGAAAUGGAACUCAAGCUUUUUAAACUAGAGGAUGUUGCAAUGGGCAUAUGGAUUGAACAAUUACAAGAACAGAAGUCAAGAGUGAAUUAUGUCACGGACUAAAGGUUUUACAAUGCAGGAUGUGAGCCAAACUAUAUUCUUGCUCAUUACCAGUCCCCCAGAUUAGUCUUGUGCCUUUGGGAGAAGCUGCAGAAAGAGCACCAGGCCAACUGCUGCGAGUAACACAUUAACAUCAGCCUUAAAAAUUCCAUUCUUUUGGUUCAGUUCCACUCUUUACAGCAAACUGCACCAACCGUAAUCGACCCUUUUCUGGGGUGUCUAGAAAUAUCAAAGAAAAUUCUCAGAUGUCAACUGUACAGUAAUUUUAUGCCGAGUUCCUCUUAUCUUGUUUGACGAUUACAUGGUAUUCUUUAUUCAUUUACAGUCAGAUCCAGGUGGUUCUGGCCUUAUGGGUU